CCAGGACUCAAACCGCAGUGUUCUGUUGUGGGUCGCCCCAGCCGGUUCCGGUCCAAAGCUCCUGUACUGGUGGUGUGAACACUAACACCUCCAGGGUCCCUGAGCUCAGGUAGUGGUCCCAGUGUCGGGCAAGUUACUUUCAAACACAAUUUAUUACAUAUUACUAUCUACCAUCGUUUAAAAGUGAUAUAUUACAUUACACUUCAACAGUCAUGAGACACAACAGACCUAAAGCUGCUGUAAUGAAGCUGAUAAUGACCUUUUCUGUUCCAUGUAAUUAAAGACCACAGAACUCGUGGACUCAUGUGAGUCUGUCGGAGGAUCCCAGAGACACAACUCAUCAGCUCAGAGCCGGUUUUAAUAUGAUCUCUGCACUGAAUGUGUUAUAUUAUUAACAGUAAUAUAUUACUGUAAACCCAGACUCUGGCAGUUACUCUGGUGACUGGCUGCGUCCUGUCUGUGACUCUCUCAGGUGAGCAGUUCUUACAUACUGCAGCUUUAAUUCAGUUCUUUUAAAAAGAAUAAAACACAGACUGAUUUAAAGUCUUCAUUAAACAGCCUGCUGCUGUUGGCUCAGGUGAGCCCGGCACGUGGCCUGUAGGGAAAUAUGUGCAUAUUUUAUUCAAAUCGCUCCACGUCUGCACUUUCCCCGGAAGCAGCCUCCUCCAGGUGAGGGCGGAGAGCGGCGCGCGGCCAGGUGAAGCCCACUGCGCUGCUGUCACCGGGCCGGAGGUCAGACGGCUCCGUCUCCUCGCGACAAACGGUUUCUGUUCACGAUGGCGUUAACGCAGGAGUCCGUGUUAUUCGCGCUGAUAACGGAGGGCGGCAGGGUGAAGAAGUCCGAGCUGGUGCAGAAGUUCCGAGGUCUGAUCGACAGCGACGAUCCGCAGGACAAAGAGCGGAACAAGGAGCUCUUCAAGACCUUCGUCAACAACGUCGCCUUCGUGAAGGAGAUCGACGGUGUCCGGUUCGUCGUGGUGAGGAAAAUGUACCAGCACUUACUGGACAGUCACCACACUGCGGAUAAGACCGAACCUGAAGAGAACCAGCCGACAGGUGAGCAGCAGCGCCCACCUGUGCGGAGAGAGGAGACUGAGGGCUGCAGCGGGCAGGAGGGUGGAGGAGGAGGAGGAGGAGGAGGAGGUGCUGCAGGAGGGCAGACAUCAGCUGCGUCUGAGCCAGAUGGAGAGAGUGCUGAGGAUCCUUCAGAGCUGCUGUCUCCGGUCCAGCUGGCUCUGCAGAGGACCCGGUUCACAGACAGCUUCAGGGUGAAGCGGACCCUGAACUUUGAGAUCCAGAAGGACCCACAUGGAGGUCAGUUCUCCAGAGUGGACGCAGUGAAGAAGCCCCAGAACAAACCCUUCGCCCUGCCGCUGAGAGUGCAGCCCAGCACCACCUCCAGAGUCGAGAUCCGUAAGCUGAAGGUGGACCCGGUAGAACCUCCUGAAAGCCCGACACUGGGCGCCUUCAGGGGCAAGAAGAGAACCCCGUCAGCGGAGUCCAGCAUCAGCUCCCCCCAGCUGAGGAGGGCGGUGAAGAAGGCGGAGGAGCCCAAAGACACCAGGGUCCCCUCAGCGGUCCCCCUGGAGCAGGCGGAGCACGAGUGGCUGGUGAAGUGCGCCUCGGGCCACUGGAGCCAGGUGUACGGGCUGCUGCUGAGGGACGGCCAGCUGGCAGACAAGAGGGACUUCAUGUCGGGCUUCAGCGCCCUACACUGGGCCGCCAAGUGUGGCAACAGCGAGAUGCUGGUGAAGAUCAUCGACCUGUCCAGACAAGGAGGGGUCGACAUCGACGUCAACGCAAAGACCCACGGCGGGUACACGCCGCUGCACAUCGCCGCCCUGCACCACCAGGAGUACGUCAUGGCCAUGCUGGUGGGCGAGUUCGGGGCCGACCCCAGAAUCAGGGACAACUGCGGGAAGAAGGCCUACCACUACCUGCACAAAGGUGUUUCUGCCACCAUCAGAGAGAUGCUGGGGGAACCCAAAGCCCAGCAGGUUCAGGACGGGGCCCGGGGCCAGGACCAGGGCCCGGGCCUGGAGAAGGAAGAGCCGGACCUCCUCACGGAUCUCUCCAAGGGCCUGCACUCGAUCAGUCGUCUCUUCCAGCCGCACACGAGCAGCCACAAGAAGAAGCACAAGCAGCGGCCCGGGUUCUUCUCCCUGAGCGACGACCCGGCCGAGGACCGAGAGGACGGCAGCAGCUUCAGGCAGAGGAUCAUAUCGGACGCCUUCAUGUGAACCCAGAACUCCUCAGAACUGUUCUGCAGGGAGCUCAUACCUGACAGAUGAUGAUAAUAAUCAUAAGCUGGAAAUUAAGAGAUAAAAGUCAGAACAUUAUAAAAUACAAAGUUGUAUUUAUAAGAUAGUUAUAAGACAAUAACAGCUAAUUAAGACUGAACACUUGGAUUUCUUUUCUUCAGCUGGCAGAAACUUCAUUAAUCUUUAACAAGAACAAAAAUCAAAGAUUUCUUUAUGUUUUUGUGUUUUAUUUAUAUUUUGAUAUUUGACAACACAAAAGAUGAAAUUCAUUCUGUUUGUUCAAAGAGAAAAUCAGAGACUGAAGCUGACAUGAGACGAGCUGCUGGAUCUUUAGUCUGACACAUUAUGUGGUGUGUGUGUGUGUGUGUGUGUGUGUGUGUGUGUGUGUGUGUGUGUGUGUGUGUGUGUGUGUUGAGUUACUCACCGUCUGUUCUGCCUGUUGAGACGCAGAAAUGAAAACUGAACUGAACAAAAUCACAGAAUCAAUGAACAUGAUUGACUGUUAUGAAACAACCUCUGCUGACCCGAUCGGACUGAACAGAACUUUAUUCUCCUGCUGAUGUGUGAACACGUUCAGAACUUGUGUGUUCUGUUCUGCUUUUGAUCAAAAUAAAUCAACAGGCUAUGAGCAGAGAUCAGGACCGGACUUGUUCCCUCUGCAGUUCUCUGAGUCAGAACUGAAGUCAUGGUCUGAGUCCAGAGGCCCGGUCUGAGUCCAGAGGCCCGGUCUGAGCCUGGAGGCCGUCACGCAGAUGACAUUGUGUGAAUCAGCUGAUGAGAUGAAUGAAUGAGAAGUGUUUGUCCCUCUGAGGAGGAUGUCGAGGACUCGUCUCUUCAUCAUCGCUCCACUUUGUAACACAUGAAUUAUUAAACACGGUGAAGUUCUGAUGAGAAGAGAACCAAGACGGGCUUCACCUGGAGACCAGAGGAGAUGAAGGGCGUGUUGGUGGUGGAGGUGUGUUCAGGUGUGUUCAGGUGUGUUCAGGUGUGUGCAGUGUUCCAUAAAUCAUUACUGUUGCUGUGCGUGCCAGCUCGUCCCCGGCCUGUCGAGACAGCUGUGAUUCAGCUGACUGGCGUGUUGAUGACGUCAUGUGUUCGCUCUACAGAUGUUACUGUGUUUAACAAUCAGGUGUUAACGAGAGGAGAAUAAAGGUUUGGAGGAGAAAAGGA